UUUGCUGGGGACGACGCGUCAAUCAGGUUGCAGCAUCUGAUUACAUUAAGUUUGAAAAGUCGCGGUUGAGAAUGUACAUACAGUGAUCCAGUCAGUAUUUCAACAGCAUUUCAACAACAACAAAUGACAACAAAGACCUGCUAUGUUAUAGUUGUUAAAAUUAAAAUGAACUGGGAGAAUUAGUAAUUUACCAAAUUCAUAAAUUAAGAAUUGGGUUAGGGUUAAAUUCUACACUUCCAUUAAUAUUUAAGACUUCCAAACUCGAGUCUUCAUUUGAAAGAAGAUUAUAGCGCGCUAUUGACAUUUAUCAAAAUAACAAAAUGAGCUUCCCGACGUUCGUGACGAGGGCUGUGUACCUCUUCUCUGCAGGGAUCAUCUUCAGUUUGGUCCUGAACCUGCUGCAACUUCAGAGGCAGGCCAACUUCUUCCCUGCAUUUUUCAGGGAUCGAGAUGUCCAGUCGUCGUGGUGGCUGCCUGUGCUCUGCGGUGUCACCGCCGCUGUGGUCGGCCUGCUCUACCCCUACCUUGACGAACAACUCGGUGAGAGGCGGGCGGAGAAGCAGGAGUGGUCGAGUGUCAUGAGGUGUGUCGCCAUCUUUGUCGGCAUCAAUCACGCCAGUGCCAAAAUCGACUUCAGCAGCAACCUCCAACUAACCUUGACAUUGACUGCCCUGUCAGUUGGUCUGUGGUGGUUGUUUGAUGGGUCGAGGGGUGGUCUCAUGUUGGGCAUCAUCAUGGCCGCCAUCGCCAGCGUAGUCUGCCACUUGCUCAUCUACCACGGCAUCUAUCGAUACACGUCACCUGACUUCACCUACCUACAAUCCUGGCUACCAUGCAUCUUCUUCUCAGGGGGAGUCACCAUCGGAAACAUUGGCAGACAACUUGCUCAGUGUGAGCAAAAGGAUGAGGAUUAUUUAUCAGGCUGUCAAAAAUUCCACUUGACCAAAGAGCAUCGUGAUUAGUUGGCCUUCACCUUCAUCACUAUUCAACAAAUAGUUGACCCUCAUUCAUUGGUCGACCAUCAUUAAUAUUUAUAUUCACCUCAGCUGUUUAUAUAGCUCAUCACCAAGCUCAUAAUCAUAAAAUAUUAAUUAUUAACCCGUCUAUUAAUAUUUCAUUAAUGUCGUACUGGCAUUAUAGUUACUUUAUUCAUCUAUUCUUAUUUAUUAAUUUAUUUAUAUCUAUAUUUUUUCCAUUUAUCAAUAUUUUUAUAUUUUCUUUUACUGUAGUAGAAGUAUUGGUAGUAGUAAUUUUUGUUGUAGUAUUGUUUGUUUCAUUAUUAUUUAUCUUGCUUUCAUUUCACUGUAGGGUUAUUUUUCAUUUGGUUCUCUUCGUCAUUUAGAUUAUUAUUGUUAUUAUUAUUGUUAUUCACCCGUCUGGUUCACAGCAGCCAAGGUUGAACA